CCCGGCGGGCCCGGCAGGGGGCGCCGUCCGCUCGCCUGACUACUGCGUUUGUCCCCUCGCGGCCUCCGUCCCCGUCCCGGCGCGGUUCCUCGGGGUCUGCCCGGCCUCUGGGGUUCGGCCAGCGGCGCCGGCCGCGGCUGAACCAGGCUGGGACGGGCCCUGCCGCCAUGUUCACCAGCACCGGCUCUAACGGGCUCUAUAAAGCACCUUUGUCGAAGAGUCUGUUACUAGUCCCAAGUGCCAUCUCGAUUCUCUUGACUCUGCUCUUCCAACAUUAUCAGAAGUUCUUUGCAUAUAACCUACAAGCUAUAAAAGAGGAUUUUCAGAUUUGGAGACUUGUAUGUGGGAGAACUAUAUGUCUUGAUUUGAAAGACACAUUCUGCAGCAGUCUGCUCAUUUACAACUUUAGAAUAUUUGAGAGAAGAUAUGGCAGCAGAAAAUUUUCAUCCUUUUUACUGGGUGCCUGGAUGCUCUCAGCUUUGUUUGAUCUUCUUCUUGUAGAAAUCACUCAGUAUAUAUUUGGCAUCACCAUCAACAGCUUGCCUUCUGGUUUCUUGGGUCCUGUAUUUGCACUGUUUGUACCAUUUUAUUCCUCCAUUCCAAGAGUGCAGGUAACACAAGUAUUAGGCUACUUUUCCAUCACAAACAAGACACUGGUCUACAUACUGGGUUUACAGCUCUUAACCUCUGGUUCCUACAUCUGGAUAUUAGCCUUAAGUGGACUGGUUUCUGGGAUUUGUUACAAUAGUAGUGUAUUAAAAGUUCAUAGAAUUCUUUGUGUGCCCAGCUGGGUAGCAAAGAUAUUUUCUUGGACUCUUGAACCAAUCUUCUCAUCUGCGGAACCAACAAAUGAAGUUCGUGUGGGAAUGGGAGCAACAGUUGACAUCCAGAGGCAGCAGAGAAUGGAGUUACUGGAUCGUCAAAUCAUGAUGUCUCAAGUUGCCCAAAUGAGGAGGCAAAGGCAGCAGCAGGUAUUGAUACAUGUUCUGUAAGGAUUGUACUAAGUUAUCAGAAAAAUGCAUUUUUGGUUCAUGUA